CGAGGAGGUGUUGGCGCCCCAAGGCGGUUCCUGGCGUCCACCGCCGACCCUCUACCCCAGCCCCAGAGCCCCCCAGCCCCAGAGCCCCCCACCCCGUGUGCUCGGCGGGCUCGCGAUCCGCGGGCGGGGAGGGGUCAGGACAAAGACGCGGGUCUGUGCCCGCGGGGUGGUGCCCCCGGCUGCGCGUCCUGAGGGUAAAGUUGCGAGGGGCCGAGGCCGUCCGCGGCAGGGGCGGGGGGCGCGGGUCCGGCUGUCCUUGACCCGCCCCGCUCCUCCCUGCAGAGCCGGGCGAGGACGCCGCGGGCCGCCGAGUCUCGCCGGACGGGGCCGCGCUGGCCGGCGUCGGGGCCCCGGCAGCUGAGCGCGAUGGCGGCGGCGAGAGCGCGCGCGGAGUAGCGGGCGGACCCCCGGGCUCGCGCCGUCCUGCUGCUCCCGGGGCGCGGGCGGCGGGCCCUCCGGUUGGCCAUGGAGGUGCCCGACGUCAAGGACUUCCAGUGGAAGCGCCUGGCGCCACUGCCUAGCCGCCGAGUCUACUGCUCCUUGCUGGAGAGCGGGGGACAGGUCUAUGCCAUCGGGGGCUGUGACGACAAUGGCGUCCCCAUGGACUGCUUUGAGGUCUACUCCCCCGAGGCCGACCAGUGGACCCCGCUGCCGCCGCUGCCCACUGCGCGGGCCGGGGUGGCGGCCACUGCGCUGGGCAAGCGGAUCAUGGUGAUCGGGGGCGUGGGCGCCAGCCAGCUGCCCCUGAAGGUCGUGGAGAUGUACAACAUCGACGAGGGCAAGUGGAAGAAGAGGAGCGUGCUGCGCGAGGCCGCCAUGGGCAUAUCUGUCACGGCCAAAGAUUACCGGGUGUAUGCAGCCGGCGGCAUGGGCCUGGACCUCCAUCCACACAACCACCUUCAGCACUACGACAUGCUCAAGGACAUGUGGGUGUCAUUGGCACCCAUGCCCACCCCAAGAUAUGCUGCCACCUCCUUCCUCCGAGGGUCCAAGAUCUAUGUGCUGGGGGGACGCCAGUGCAAGUAUGCAGUUAAUGCCUUCGAGGUCUUUGACACUGAGACUCGCUCCUGGACCAAGUUCCCCAACAUCCCCUGCAAGCGGGCCUUCUCCAGCUUCGUGACCCUAGAUGAGCGCCUGUACAGUCUCGGGGGCCUCCUCCAAGGACGCCUCUACCGGCAGCCCAAGUUCCUGCGGACCAUGGAUGUGUUUGACAUGGAACAGGGGGGAUGGCUGAAGAUGGAACGUUCCUUCUUCCUCAAGAAGCGGCGGGCAGACUUUGUGGCCGGCUCUCUGAAUGGACGGGUGAUAGUGGCUGGAGGACUUGGGAACCAGCCCACUGUCCUGGAGACAGCUGAGGCCUUCCACCCAGGGAAGAACAAAUGGGAGCCCCUCCCAGCCAUGCCCACGCCCCGCUGUGCCUGUUCCAGCAUCGUCAUCAAGAACUGCCUCCUGGCAGUAGGAGGCGUCAACCAGGGUCUGAGUGAUGCUGUGGAAGCCCUAUGCAUGUUGGACUCUUAGCUGUCCCUGCACCCUGGCCCUGGACCAGCCCACUCUCAAGGUCCCCUCUGAGCAAUCAGGGCUACUUCCUAGGAAACUUGUCACUGUCAGGGCACAGAGCUCUCAGUGACUUCCCUAUUCUUCCAAACUCAGUGGUUUCCCUGGUCCUGGGCUGACCUCUGGGGCAUAUUCAUACUUACUGCUGAGGCAGGGAAGGGCACAGGCACAUCUAAUGCCCCCUCCUGCCAGUUCACCCUCCCCAUCUGCAGGGAAGAGCGGGGAAGACAGUGCUGAGUUGAGGGCAUGAGCUGUUAUCAUUAUCCUUUCAGCAGUUCAGAACUUGUGUGUGGGUCUGUCAGGAUGGCAAAUGGGGAAGAGUUGGAGUAGGGCCCCUAAGCCUCCCUUCUCCCUGGCUUCCAUCCCUUCUUUUCACUUGGUGGCCACCUUUGGGGCUGUCCUGGACCUCAUUUAUUCAGCAAGACUUGACCUUGGAACCAGGAGAGCCAGAUCGUAUGGACUGCUCCAGCUCAGGAGGACCCAUGCUGCUCAGGGUCCUUGAUAGCAGUGUGACAGUGGGGAGGGAGCUGAUUCCCAGUCCAAGGUCCACUAGCCACUCUGCUCACUGACUUGCUCCUGCAACCCCUCUCCACCAGAGAUGGGAGCUUUUUGUCACCGACAGCCCUGGAGUGAUCUGUGCGAGACCUUCUCAUUUACACUGUGGCAUCUAAUCCACCAAGGCUGGAUUCACUGCACUCUGGUCAACACAGCACAAUGAUUAAACUCUAUAUUCCUA